AUGGCUGGUGACUCGCCCUGCGGGUUGGUAUUCUUAUGUUUUUGUUCAUCAUCCACUCAGGUCUCCAUUGCCAAGGUGAUCCUUGGGGUUUUAGGAUUAGUUAUUGUUGUUGUUCUCAUAACCGUGCCAACUGUGAUUUAUCUCAAAGAGGAAAGGAAUGGCACUGAGGAAAGAAGGACUUUCAAGUUGGAGGAUGUGUUCAACAGUUCCCUUCAACCCAAGGGUUACAACAUCUGGUGGCUCUCCGACGAUGAGUAUUUGCAGAACCAAAACGGCUCGGUCUAUCUUCAUGAUGUGAACACAGGGGAGUCCUCCAUGUUCUUGAGCAGAGAAAUAUUUAAUGAAAAAGGCGCUACUGACUACCAACUCUCUGCUGACCGCAGAUAUGUAGCAUUCAUGAGUAACGUCAGCAUGGUGUGGAGGCAUUCAUUCACAGCUUCAUACUCACUUUUUGAUCGCAAUGUGAACAAGUUUGUAGAAUCUUCUGACCUGCCAGAAAAAAUCCAAUAUUUGGCUUGGGCACCUGCAGGGAACAAAAUGGCCUAUGUUUUCAAAAAUGAUGUGUACAUAAAGACCAGCCCAGAGUCAACGUCCCAGCGAGUGACAUUUAACGGCGAGGAGAAUAAGAUUUUAAAUGGUAUACCAGAUUGGGUGUAUGAAGAGGAAAUGUUCUCAUCCAAUCAGGGUCUCUGGUGGUCCCCAGGAGGAAAAUAUGUGGCCUAUGCCCAGUUCAAUGACACAGAGGUCCACACUAUAGAGUACUCGUGGUAUGGGAAUAACCAAUAUCCCAGUACUGUUUCUAUUGCUUAUCCAAAGGCAGGUUCCCAAAACCCAGUGGUGAAGCUAUUUGUUGUUGACACAGAUAACCACACUCUCAUCACGGAAGUCUUUGUUCCAGAAUCAUUCAGCUCAGAGGAGCACUAUUUGGCGACAGUGACUUGGGCCACUGACCAACGUAUUGCUGUCCAAUGGCUAAAAAGACUCCAAAACCACCUCAUCUUACAGAUUUAUGAACUCCAGAACUUAACCUGGGUCCCAAUUAAGCCAUUAGACGUGAAAAGCUCCUCUGGCUGGAUUGGACGGUUUUCACCGUCAGAACCAGUUUUUGCCGAUGACAAGAAGAGUUACUACUUGUUGAUGAGUGACCCCAAAGGCUACAAGCACAUACAUCAUGUUGUAGAGGGUAUUGCUACAACAAUUACCGCAGGAGAAUGGGAAGUUGUUGCCAUUCAGAAAGUAACUGGAAAUCGUGUAUAUUACUCGAGCAACCAAGAAGGUGGAAAACCUGGGGGAAGGAAUGUUUAUAGAUGGACCAAGGGAGAGGUCACGUGUCUAACAUGUAACUUUGGCCGUGAAGACUGCCAGUAUAAUUCUGCUUAUUUCAGCCACAAUUCAAGCUUUUACCUUAUGAGAUGCAGUGGUCCUGGCAUUCCUUACAGUUCUCUUAUUGAUAACAGGGAGGGUAAAGAGCUGAGGCGUUUGGAGGACAACAGUAAAUUCAGCCAACUGAUAUCUCACAUCCAAAUGCCCACCAUGCGUCGCGGAACUAUCAAAAUUGCUGGAUACAAGCUUUGGUACCAGAUGAUUUUGCCACCAGGCUUUGAUGAGUCCAAGAAGUACCCCUUAUUGAUAGACGUGUAUGCUGGUCCCUGUAGCCAGAAGGUAAACUUUGGUUACAGAGUAAGCUGGUCAACAUAUCUGGCAAGCACAGAGAAAAUUAUCGUCGCCAGCUUUGAUGGAAGAGGUAGCGGUUACCAAGGUGACAAGCUAAUGCACGAAAUCUAUAAACGUCUUGGAACUUAUGAGGUGGAAGAUCAGAUAACAGCAGUCAGGGAGUUCAUCAAAAUGGGAUUUAUCGACAAACAUAGAGUUGCUAUAUGGGGAUGGUCUUAUGGUGGGUAUGUUGCAUCCAUGGCCUUGGGGAGCGGAAGUGGAGUCUUUAAAUGUGGAAUGGCAGUUGCACCUGUUUCCAAAUGGGAAUAUUAUGAUUCAAUCUACACUGAGCGGUACAUGACAAGGCCAAUUGACAAUCCAGUAGCCUACACAAACUCAACAGUUACUGCACGGGCCAAGAACUUCCACUCAGUGCAGUAUCUUCUGAUUCAUGGAACAGCUGAUGACAACGUGCAUUUCCAGCAGGCGGCAGAGAUUUCAGAAGCUCUGGUGAAUGAGCAGGUGGACUUUGAAGCAAUGUGGUACACGGACAAGAACCAUGGUCUUCCUGGUCAUGCCUAUCAACACGUUUAUACUCACAUGAGUCACUUCUUACAGAGGUGCUUUGAAUGA